UUUUUGUUUUCAACGACACGGAUAUAUAUAGAACAUUAAAUUCCGCCCAUCCACAGGAAUAACCGUUCACGAUAGUGUCUUCCUUGUGUAAUAAUAUUAGAGUAAUCAUUUGAAACAGCAACGCCUGACAAAAGUUAAUGGCAAUGAAUUAUCGGAUAACGACUAGAGGUAGAAAAGACAAGAAAGAAGUACCGUAUAAAAGGACAGAUACGUUCCCUCCAGUUUCCGAUAACCUAGAAUGUCUGAAAGAUGGAAGACAAACACAUUCAGUAUCAGCGACGACCACUUCUGAGAUUUCCCUUGAGGAAUUUGACUUCUUUAGUAAAGACAGUUUGUUUGACACAUCCGAUAGUGAGGGUGAAGUAAGCACAUCUAUAGACUCUCUAUUAGAGACAUCAGAUAUCGAAUCAUCAAAGGAUACUAAUGAAGAAACACGAAAACCAGGAGAUGGAAAUAUUGAUGACUUAGAAAGAAGAAAAGCUGAAAGAAAUGUCACACCAAUAGAACAUGAUGAUCGUCCAUUAACGCAUGAAACUGAAAUACUUGGCGAACAAGAUGAAAUGGAUAGUAGUCACACAUCCAUUAAAGGAAAUAAAACACAUACACAGUUUGAAAAAGAUGUAAAAACCGAAAUAGAAAGAAAAAAAGAUGAUCCAAUGACAUAUGGAAAUAUAACAUACAAGUAUGAGACAUGUAGUUUUAAUGCUGAUGGUGAUUUUGAAACAGAAGACUGUCCACUUAUUGAUAUUGACAUUUUGCCACCAGAUAUAGGCGUUAAGAAAUCUCCUAUAGUUUUCAUGUUAACCGACGAGCACAGUGAACCUAGUGGAAUGACCUUAGUAUCCACUGGUGGCGGCCAUGUCGUAGAAAUUACUGACAGAACUAUCAAAUUCUAUAAAAAGCUAAAUCUUGGGCCUCAUGACAAAUUGUUAGGAAUCGACUACCAAGCAGUAAAAUGUUAUCCGCAUGAGAUAGUCCUAGAAAUGUUUAAGUAUUUGUUGUAUCCAUCAACAGAAGAAUUUAUCAGCUUGAUUGUUGAAAGACAAGAACAAAACAGAAGUGCAGACGUUUUAGAGAUAAAGAUCUAUGUAAAGGUCAUUACACGUGGUGGUGAUUCUACAGAGAAUGCAACGGCAACUACAAGCUCCAACACAAGUACUAUUAGAAUAGUUAAUGUAAAAUGGAAACAUCCAACUGAAUGCUAUAUUCGUCACUACCCUCAAUCAAAUAAAUAUAUUACAGUGGAUAAUUCGGGGAUGUUAAACAUAUCAACGUUACGAACCGAGAAUGGAAACAAAAACCUCAUCCGAUAUAACAUAUGCUCUGGCUUAUGUAGAAAAGAAGAAAACAGAAAGCUGAAAAAUCCACAUAGCGUUUUCAUUGGUGUCUUUCAGAUUAUUGACUCCAAAAAAUUCAUAAUGGCAGCAAAAGCAACAAAGCUUAUUCUAGUUGACGAUUGGACAAGGAAUAAAUCAGAAAAGGAAAUUGUUCAAGCGGAUCCACGGUAUUUUAUAGUGACAAAUGUCAAUGGGCGUGAUGGUAAUAGGUAUUUUGAAUCCCUAAUCUAUAGAGGAAGCUACUGGACAUUUAAUGGCAAAGGAUUACAGCUCAUCCAAUGUAACAAGACAGAAUUAAUUAUACGAGAGGACUUAUGGUUUACGAUCAUUUCAACAUCCAGAUGAUUGAGCUGCGGAAUGAUAAAAAUAACUAUAAUAUCCGUCCUAUAAUGAGCAGAAAAGUAACAAUUCUAUAUACAUGUGUAUAGCUGUGUAAAAGUGUGUUUGAUUGUGGAUUUUAACUAUGUAUGAUAAAGUCGAAUGUGUUUCAAAUGAACAUUGGCAAUCUUACCACAUCUCCUUAUUUUUAUAUACUAUAUCGAAAUCGCUUGUAAUAUAUAUAUACCAGGAGUUUACAACACAACAUUCAAAGAAAACAUGUUGGCAGAAAUAAGCUAAUAAUAUUUAAAUCUAUAAUUCAUAUAAUCUUUGUAUAUAAUUGUUGAGAACUUCUGCCAAACUUUGUAUACGAACUAGAUCCAGAGUAUGUCUUUUUAAAUUCUAUUUCUUUGGGGGCGAUAGGUGGGUUUUUUUUCACGUACUUAUUUUACUUUAUAUAUGUUUUUAUUUUACCUUAUAUAUAUAUAUAUGCUACCUAGCUUCCAAAAACGAUACUUUUUAUCAUAUUUUAUCAAUAAUAUUCACAUGUAUCUUUGAAGGAACUUGUUUCGGAAUAGUCAGCUACAGCUUGAGGCUCUAAAGAGCCUGUGUCACACACCCGGAUCUAAGAGUGUGUUCAGCAAUAACAACCCUCAAAUAAUAAACACUAAAAUAUAA